AGCUGAGCUGAGCGCAGAGUCUCAGUCUCACGGCAGUGUGGUGGGAGGAUGAGGGGAGACUACAGAGGUAUGAUGGGACCGCACAUCUCCCGCAUGCGACGCAGAAGCUGAAACCCAAUGUUGCUGCUGCUCUUUAUGUUGCUGUUGUUGUUGUUGCUGUUGUUGUUGUUGGACUUUCUAAUGCUACGGAGGAACUCAAAAACUCUGAGGCUUCAAGGAUGUUCUUCUCAGAUGGGACUCUGUCAGCCGUCAGUAGUGCGCUCCUGUUGGGAAUAACGUGCCUCACUGUGCUCUGCGAUCUCACCAAAGGAUCUUCAGAUUUCUCAGGCUACCUUUCCAAAGUGCUGAGGAACUACACUGAGCAGGCCUGCGAAGGAGACUUCCUCUCUGUUCGCUGCCCACCACGCACCACCAUCACGGUCCAGUCAGCUUUCUACGGAAGAAGAGGUGCCUCUGAUCCCCAGCGGUGCCCUCAGAGCUACCAGGCCCUCUUGAGCUCUUACAACAUCCAGGAGGAUGAUCGAUAUUGUUCGGUGUCCACUGCACUUCAGAAAAUGCUGGACGAGUGCCAAGACAGAAGGAGCUGUCAAGUCCUCGUCAACAGCCGUGUGUUUGGGACAGACCAGUGCCCUGGCAGCAGUAAAUACCUCAUUGUCUGGUACAAAUGCAGACCUAACGAGUAUAAGAGUAAGGUGGUUUGUGAGGAGGAGAGGAUGAGGCUGAGCUGCAAGCACGGUAUGCAGAUCGCCAUUUAUUCUGCCAUGUUUGGCCGAACUCAACAGGGCACGCUGGAGUGUCCCCUUUAUCACCAGAGGGCCCCGUCAGUAGACUGCCAGUCGACGGUGGCUCUGCAGGUUCUCACGUCUCGCUGUCAGGGCAAGAAGAACUGCCUGGUCCGAGCCUCCACUAAAGAAUUUGGAGAUCCGUGUUACUCUGGCACCAGGAAGUACCUCAGCGUCAUCUACACCUGUGUCCCAAAGAAGUUGCUCCAGGAGCAGGGCGCCAGACCACCGGUGUUCUCCUCACCCCCAAACGCCCAUGACCCCAACAUAGUGGGAGACGGCCCUCCGGAGGGGAGCUCAGUCAAAAGCCCCGACGUCGUUCCUGAUAAGAAGAAGAUUCGGGAGACAAACCCCAACGACGAGAAGUCUUCAGAAGCAGAGCGAGGAGGAGGAGGAGAAGGAGGAGAAGGUCUUCUGAGGCCGAGAGGCAUGAAUCCCAUCAUCAACCUAACCUCUGGCUCGAACAACAUGGCGCUUAUCAGCAACGCACUGGCAGCCUACAACUACAUAUCAGACCACCAAGAGCGGGCGGCGCUCUUCUUCGUCUGCGGCGUGUGCCUGGGCCUCUUCCUCACGCUCUUCGCGCUGGUCAUCCAGAUCUCGUGCCGCACCGACUGCCAGCCCCGCAAGCAGCCCCCCGCCAAGAAGCGGCCGCGUCCCGCCGACUCGUCGUCCGACUCCAGCGACUCCGACUCGGACUGGGACACCACCUCGGACCUGUCGGCGCGCCGGCACCGGCGGUUCGAGCGCACGCUCAACAUGAACGUGUUCACGUCGGCGGAGGAGCUGGAGCGGGCGCAGCGGCUCGAGGAGCGGGAGCGGAUCAUCCGGGAGAUCUGGAUGAACGGGCAGCCGGACAUCCCCGGCACGCGGAGCCUCAACCGGUAUUACUGAGGAACCGGCGACGUGGACGUUGACAUUUUCAGAACGCACUUGUGUCGGAAACAGCUCUGACGACCAGGCCUGAGGAGUGAGGAUGCAACAGUGGACUCGUUGGUGUAUUCCUGCGGGUAUCAUAAGCUACACCCCAUUUAGUAAGCUUUCUGCACGGUAAGCUCACUUCUACUGUUUGCUGGAAGCUGACAGUGCGUGACCUCAGCAGGGCUUUCUUUUGAAAUGCGGAUUUAUGGGUGGACUACGUGAGGACUGAAGGACCGAGUUGGGUCUCUUCUUUUGACUUAAGGGCAGCUUGCAAGGGAGACCAUGAUGACACUUGGAGCGUUUCCCAUCAGUGACCUCCAGUAUUUAAGCGUGGACGAUAUCAGACAAUCUUUCCUGCCUUUGGAAACUUUAUGAAACCAAAUUAUUUUUUUUGUGUGGGGUGGGGGGGGAUUCAUCUCAACCUGUAUGAAAUAUAUUUUAUAAUAUUUAAUAGUUUAUUGACGUCGUUUAUGUUUUGUUGUUGUUGUCCUCAAGUAUGGUCGAGCUAUUUUUUAUACGUAGCGAAAAAAAAGGGUUGUGCGGCACCUCAGGGAUGCGAUCCUAGUGUUUCUGCGUUUCUGUGGCUUCGAUGUUUAUUCGCUGCCCCGAAGAAGAGGAUGAGUCAGCAUUUUUUUCUUUUCUUUUUUUAGAGAGGGAGAGAGAGAGAAAAUUUAAUAAAUAUAUCAUAUAAAGAGCCUCAAAGAGGAUUCCGUGAUGAUUUAACCUUAUUUUUGAUACAGUAUGUUUAAUCCACAGUGCAGUGCCUUUUCUUUUCUUUUCUUUUUUUUUUAGCUAUUAAGUCACUGUUUUUCGAGAGUGCAGCUGGUGUUAUCGCUCAUUGCCUAUAGUGAAAUGAUUUCAUUGGAGGUAGAACAAUCAAAAAUUGCACUUGCUGCGUCAUCAGAUCGACAAGACGGUGCCAGUUUACGUGUGAAUAUGU